AUGAGCUGCUGCCCCGUGACCGCUGAGCCCGCGCGCGACCCUGCCGCCCACAUCGGCGUGCUGAAGAAGGCCGGCAACACCAACAUCUACGUGACGGGCCCCGCCACCUCCAAGGCCGGCGUCAUCGCGUACCCGGACAUCUACGGCCUGGACAGCGGCCGCACCAAGGCCGACGCCGACAUGCUGGGCAAGCUCGGCUACACCGUCGUGGUCGUGGACCUCACGGACGGCGACUACUUGAGCGACACAAACGGCCUGGUGGACUGGUUCAAGAAGUACACGUUCACGGAGGACUUCGCCCCGCGCAUCCAGGACGCCAUCAACUACCUCAAGGGCGAGGCGGGCGUGGAGCGCAUCGCCAGCUACGGCAUGUGCUGGGGCUCGUGGGUGGGCGCCACGCAGACCACGCAGGCCGACCCCGUUGUGUUGGGCCACGUGUCCUUCCACCCCACGUGGAUCGUGGAGAACAUGCUCAAGGGUGACGGCGCCGUCGACAAGCUCGCGGAGAGCGUCAAGGUGCCGCAGCUGCUCAUGGCCGCCGGCGACGACCCGGACUUCGUCAAGCCCGACGGCAGCGUGCACAAGAUCUUCAAGGCGCGCGCGGACAUCGGCGCCAAGUCGGACGUGCUGCUCUUCGCCGACCAGAACCACGGCUGGGUGCACCGCGGCGACAUGAGCAACGACGCCACCAAGGCGGCCGUGAUGAAGGCCUGGCACGCCGCGGUCAAGUUCAUCCAGACCAACUGCCCCGUGUAA